CAAGAUGGCGAUGGAGGGGCGGGCGAGCCGGCGGCAGCCCGGGCCCCCGCGCCGGCCCCCGCUCGGGCCGGGGCCCCCGAGGCCGCGCCCCCGCCCGCGGCGCCGCGCCUCCCCGGGCCACUGAAGCCCGGCGCGCCCUCCCCCGGCAGCGGCGGCCAAGGCGCGGGGAAGAGGAGGCGGCGGCGGCGGCAGCCCGGGCCCGGCCCCAUGGCGCGGGGGGACGCUGGCCGCGGCGGCAGGCUCCUCGCGCUGACCUUCUGCCUGCUGGCCGCGCGCGGGGAGCAGCCGUUGCCCCGGAAGACGACCGUGUCGCUGAGCUGUGGAGCAGGGCCGCUGCAAGUGAUCCUGGGCCCGGAGCAAGCCACGGUGCUGGACUGCGGUCUGGGGGCGGCUACUGCAGGACACCCCCCCAGCGUCACGUGGAGCAAGGAUGGAGGCAUCCUGCCCGAGCACAGCCACCUUCGCCUGCUACCCAAUGGCUCCCUGUGGCUGUCCCAGCUGCCAGCUCCCGACGGCACUGACCCUGGGGCUUCAGAGGUCAUUGAGGGCAGCUAUUCCUGCCUGGCCCGCAGCCCCGUUGGAGUGGUGGCCAGCCAGGCUGCGGUGGUCAAGCUUGCCACACUUGCAGGCUUCUCCCUGCACCCACAGUCUCAGACGGUGGAGGAGAACGGGACCGCUCGAUUUCAGUGCCACAUCGAAGGGCUGCCAGCACCUGUCAUUACUUGGGAGAAGGACCAGGUGACGGUGCCUGAGGAGCCUCGGCUCAUCACCCUUCCCAAUGGGGUCCUCCAGAUCCUGGACGUUCAGAAAGGUGAUGCAGGCUCCUACCGUUGCGUGGCCACCAACUCAGCAAACCAGCGCUUCAGCCAGGAGGCCCUCCUCCGCGUGGCCCACAGAGGGUCCCUGGCAUCCAUCGGGGGGCAGGACGUGGUCAUUGUGGCAGCCCCGGAGAACACCACUGUGGUGUCUGGCCAGAGUGUGGUGAUGGAGUGUGUGGCCUCUGCUGACCCCACCCCUUUCGUGUCCUGGGUCCGACAGGAUGGGAAGCCCAUCUCCACCGAUGUCAUCGUCCUGGGCCGCACCAACUUACUAAUCACCAGCGCGCAGCCCCGGCACUCCGGCGUCUACGUCUGCCGAGCUAACAAGCCCCGCACGCGCGACUUCGCAACCGCAGCCGCAGAGCUCCGCGUGCUGGCCGCCCCUGUCAUCUCGCAGGCUCCGGAGGCGCUGUCACGGACGCGGGCGAGCACCGCGCGUUUCGUGUGCCGCGCGUCCGGGGAGCCGCGGCCCACGCUGCGCUGGCUGCACGACGGAGAGCCGCUGCGGCCCAACGGGCGCGUCAAGGUGCAGGGCGGCGGCGGCAGCCUGGUCAUCACGCAGAUCGGCCUGCAGGACGCCGGCUACUACCAGUGCGUGGCCGAGAAUGGCGCGGGCACGGCGUGCGCCGCCGCGCCUCUGGCAGUAGUGGUGCGCGAGGGGCUGCCCAGCGCCCCCACGCGGGUCACCGCCACGCCGCUGAGCAGCUCCGCCGUUCUGGUGGCCUGGGAGCGGCCCGAGCUGCACAGCGAGCAGAUCAUCGGCUUCUCCCUCCACUACCAGAAGGCACGGGGCAUGGACAAUGUGGAAUACCAGUUUGCAGUGAACAACGACACCACUGAGCUACAGGUUCGGGACCUGGAACCCAACACAGACUACGAGUUCUACGUGGUGGCCUACUCGCAGCUGGGGGCCAGCCGCACCUCCACCCCAGCACUGGUCCACACACUGGAUGAUGUCCCCAGUGCAGCGCCCCAGCUCUCCCUGUCCAGCCCCAACCCCUCGGACGUCAGGGUGGUGUGGCUGCCCCUGCCCCCCAGCCUGAGCAAUGGGCAGGUGGUGAAGUACAAGAUAGAGUACGGUUUGGGAAAGGAAGAUCAGAUUUUCUCCACCGAGGUGCCGGGGAAUGAGACACAGUUUACACUGAACUCGCUUCAGCCCAACAAGGUGUAUCGAGUGCGGAUUUCGGCCGGCACAGGGACCGGCUACGGGGCCCCCUCCCAGUGGAUGCAGCACAGGACGCCCAGCGUGCACAACCAGAGCCACGUCCCUUUUGCCCCUGCAGAGCUGAAGGUACGGGCAAGGAUGGAGUCCCUGGUCGUAUCAUGGCAGCCACCCCCUCACCCCGCUCAGAUCUCUGGCUACAAACUGUACUGGCGAGAGGUGGGGACAGAGGAGGAGGAGGCAGAUGGCGAGGGCCCUCCAGGGGGCCAUGGAGACCAGGCUUGGGAUGUGGGUCCUGUCCGGCUCAAGAAGAAAGUGAAGCAGUAUGAGCUGACCCAGCUAGUCCCUGGCCAGCUGUACGAGGUGAAGCUCGUGGCAUUCAACAAACACGAGGAUGGCUAUGCGGCAGUGUGGAAGGGCAAGACGGAAAAGGCUCCCACCCCAGACCUGCCCAUCCAGAGAGGGCCACCCCUGCCCCCCGCCCAUGUCCAUGCGGAAUCAAACAGCUCCACAUCCAUUUGGCUUCGGUGGAAAAAACCAGACUUCACCACAGUCAAGAUUGUCAACUACACGGUGCGCUUCAGCCCCUGGGGGCUCAGGAAUGCCUCCCUGGUCACCUAUUACACCAGCUCUGGAGAAGACAUCCUCAUUGGCGGGCUGAAGCCAUUCACCAAAUACGAGUUUGCGGUACAGUCCCACGGCGUGGACAUGGACGGGCCUUUCGGCUCCGUAGUGGAGCGCUCCACCCUGCCUGACCGGCCCUCCACGCCCCCAUCUGACCUGCGCCUGAGGCCCCUGACGCCAUCCACCGUUCGGCUGCACUGGUGCCCCCCCUCGGAGCCCAACGGCGAGAUCGUGGAGUAUCUGAUUCUCUACAGCAGCAACCGUACCCAGCCUGAGCACCAGUGGACCCUGCUCACCACCGAGGGAAACAUCUUCAGUGCUGAGGUCCACGGCCUCGAGAGCGACACUAGGUACUUCUUCAAGAUGGGGGCGCGCACGGAGGUGGGGCCUGGGCCCUUCUCUGGCCUGCAGGAUGUGAUUACUCUCCAGGAAAAGCUCUCAGACUCUUUGGACGUGCACUCCGUCACGGGCAUCAUCGUGGGCGUCUGCCUGGGCCUCCUCUGCCUCCUGGCCUGCAUGUGUGCUGGCCUGCGCCGUGGCCCCCACCGGGAAGCCCUCCCGGGCCUGUCCUCCACGGCCACUGCUGGGAACCCCACGCUGUACUCCCGAGCCCGCCUUGCCCCCCCCAGCCCCCCGGCUGCCCAUGAACUGGAGUCCCUUGUGCACCCCCGUCCCCAGGAUUGGUCCCCACCGCCCUCAGACAUCGAGGACAGGGCUGAAGUGCACAGCCUUAUGGGUGGUGGCGGUCCUGACUGCCGGGGUCACUCCAAGAGAAAGAUCUCCUGGGCUCAGCACGGUGGGCUGAGCUGGGCAGGUUCCUGGGCAGGCUGUGAGCUGCCCCAGGCAGGCCCCAUGCCCUCUCUGACCCGGGCCCUGCUGCCCCCUGCUGGAACCGGGCAGACGCUGUUGCUGCAGGCUCUGGUGUAUGACGCCAUAAAGGGCAAUGGGAGGAAGAAGCCGCCCCCAGCCUGCAGGAACCAGGUGGAGGCCGAGGUCAUUGUCCACUCUGACUUUAGUGCAUCCAAAGGGAACCCUGACCUCCACCUGCAAGACCUGGAACCCGAGGAUCCGCUGCCUUCAGAGGCUGCUGACCUCACUUUGGGUGUUAUGAAUCUCAGGCAAGGGGCAGACUGGCUGGACAGGGAGCUGGGAGGGUGUGAGCAGGCAAGCCCUGGGCCAGACAGACUUACCUGCCUGCCAGAGGCAGCCAGUGCUUCUUGCCCCUACCCGGAUCUCCAGCCCAGUGAGGCUCUGCAGGAGGCCCCAGGGAACAGCUGCCAGCCAAAGGCCCCCUGCCCUCCAGCAGCCAGCCCAGGCCUGCCCAGAGCCCCAGUCUCCUCUGCUUAGCUCCCUCGAGGGCACAGUUUGGGGCAGGCUGGUAUGGAUCAUGGGACAUGACACGUGUGGCCACACAUGUACACGUGUCUCCCUGCAGGUACUGACCAUCAUCAAGCCAUUUGGAGCCUCCUAGGGUGCUUUGGCUCAGGGGAGAGGAAGAAGUGGGUUGUUCACUCUUCCCCACCCAUGCUCUGUGACACGUGUGGUAGGCGAGAGACACGUGAAGCACAGCUAUACGUGCUGUACACGUGUGAAGCGCGUGUGCGUGUGCUGGUUGGUGAGCUGGGAAACCUUGGCCCGGGCAGUGGUCACUACGGCCUACUCCGUCCUCCAGGUCAGGACAGUGCCCAGCCCUGUGGGCCCCCACCUCCGUCACCCAGCCUUUUAUUACACACUCUGAGAGUGUCUCCAGUGCCCUGUCUGACAGAGACAGCCCCGGCCCACUUCCUGUCUGGCUGGGCUGAGUGCAAGCAGGCUCUGAAUGCCUAACGCUUUAGCUGCAUCACCUCUGCCAUGUCCCCGGUGCCCAAAUUGAGAGGGUGACUCUGGCUCCCCUCAGAGCAGCUCUGCAUCUAGUGUUGUAAUUGGGGAAGUGCCUGGUUUUGAAAAUCUGCUUUCUCUUGCUCUCCCCUCCUUCCUCCCCGCUCACUCCUCUAGUGUCUGUCUCACAGUCGCCCUGCUCUCCCAAUCCUAGCGCCCUUCUCUUCCUCCCUGAUACCCUUUCCUUUCCUCUCUGCGUUUUCUCUGUCUCCUCUUUCCGUCUGUCUCUGCUGUCUCUCCCACCUCUCCCACACUGUGUCAUGUGGUUCUCCUGCCUGGGUUCAAUCUCUGCAUCCUCCCCUAACAACAUGACUACCUCAUGUCUGUUCAAGGCCAGAGCGUGACUCCUCUGUCUGCCAUCCACUUCAGCCAUCAUCCUCCCACCCCCUUCCCAUCUGUGCCCCCAUAGGCCCCCUCCCCAGGCAAACUGCCUACCCCCAGUGCAGUUUGGAAAAGACCUUUCAGCUUGCCUUGCAUCUUUCUGCCUGUGAUUGAGAUCGAAGGAUUCUCCUUGGAGGGGAUAAAUGCAAGUCAUACAAGGGGGUUUUUGAGACAAGGAAAGGGGAACACAACCCAGAAGCUUGGGGUAAAAUUACUCCCUCCCUUCUAGGCAGGCAGGCAGAUUUGCUGGACAGAGGGGUUUGGGGACCUUCCUUCCCAGUUGAAACUAGAAGGGUAGAAGGGGAUGGAAAUUAGGGGUUCCGUGGCCCCACCGCUUCCCACUCUGUGCACCUUGAACAUGAGCUGACGGCAUGGAGGUGGAAGGAAUCUCAUCCUCUUGCAGUGCUGGAAGGGAGGGCUUCACACAGGACAAGGGUGAUGGGCUCUUUUCAUUUUGUCUUUUCUUUAAAUUCAAUCCUGAAGUCAUUUUCUGUUGACCUACCACACAGGGACAAGCUUGACUUCUGUUUCCUGUGGAGAGAAAACAAGGUCAUUUAUUUGAUUUUGCACCUCAGCCUCUCAUAGGAGCAUCGAGUAUGUGGUCUUUUCUCCCUGCAUUCAUCUUUUCUAACUGAGCAGCACAUCAAGGGUUAACUCUGGCUUCUGGGCCAAAUUAGAAAUAACCAGUCUAUCUUUCCUUUUUUUUUUUUAAAUGGUGAAAUGUCUCUCAGCGGAGUUGCAGCUUUCUCAGACCCUUUCAGCCUCUGUGUUUAUUACACUCGGGUGUCACUCACGUUUGACAUCCGCACCUACAUUUCCUCCUCCUCCCCCUCCUUCAGGCAGCCUAUGAUAACACUAAAGAUUAUUAAUGUUGGUUUUGUAUCUCAUUAGGACAGAAUUGUCACUUGUACUAUUUCUGUAGCACUCAGCGUUGCUGUGGCUAACACUACUGUAUAUGUUUCAUCACCGCUCUGAAGGUCAAAAGCCUCAUUUUAUUUUGCUGGUUUGAUUUUUUUAUUUUCUAAAGGAAAAAACAAAACCAACUGCCCUGAACUAAACGGCUGUUCUAACAGUAGGCUCCUAGCAUUACACCAUGCAGUCAUUUUUCACGUUCUUGUUUAACGGGCAGUGAGGUUCUGGUUUAAAUUAAAUAGCUGCAAAUGAGACAAUUUAUAGCCCGUUAGGUUGGGUGGAAAAUUGUUUCUCAAAAGCAAAUAAGUAAUAAAUCUGGUGUCUGCCUGUAACUCACAGUUGAUAAGAAAGUGGCCAUUACUCACUAGCAUUGUAUAUGAUUUGGGCUCUGGGUCCUUUGGAAGUGUUAGGUUUGUGUCUUUGCAACAGUAUUUUUAUUAGAAAAGAGUCCAUUGGCCUUUUACAGGGUAUUAAUCCCUUUGUCAUCUACCACCGAUGCCUUACGGUUUUUGAGUCUCAUUUAAAAACCUUUUCUCGAUGCGUGACACGUGUAAUCGGUACCUGCUCAUUUAUUUGUCUGUAGUUUUGCUGUAUUAUUUAAUUAUUUUUCCAGUGUUUUCUUUCUCCUUACAAGUAUGAUAUUCUUUAGUGUUAAGCCAAGGCAUUGAUCAUGUAUCUGUCCCUAUAAUGAGUUAAUAAACUAUUUUCCAAAAAAUGUUCUCUUUUGGAACCAAAUGACUAGAAUUUCCUCAGCCUUUCUGCACGAGAGAAUGUAUUUCCUACCAGGAUGGGGAAUGUUGGUUUUUGAGGGAAAGAGCAGGUGGUUAUAAGAAAGAACGGAUCUUAUCUCUGAAAAAAAGGUAACCCUUGUACAUUGCCGAUGGGAAUGUAAAUUGGUACGGCCACUGUGGAAAUCAGUAUGGAGGUCUCUCACAAAACUAAAAAUAGAACUACCAUAUG